AUGCCUCUUUUCAACAAGCGCCCCUGGGAGAAGAUUCCGAUCCCGGAAGGGCUGAGGUCAGAUGAACGGGUCUAUUAUUGUGACGCCACCGGGGAAAUAUUCACCACCUACGAUGAGCUUUUUGACCGGCUGAUGGAGCUCAACUCGACGGUCUGGACCUGCGAGUACACCAAGCGCUCCAAUCUGACCUUUUUCGAGGCCCAGGACUCGGAGCAGGAAGCCAUGAAAAUGCUCGGAAAUUUUCCGGAACACCUCGAGGUGGCGAUCCUUUAUUUGGUGGACAAAUUCUCGUGUCGUGGACGUUUCGAAGAGAUGCUGAACGACAUUUAUUUCUUUUUGAAGGAUCGUUUUGUCGUGGGAGAAGAAGUAACGAUAAGUGAUGGCAAAAAACCGGCCAAAAUCGUUUCCGUCACUGCCGACACUUCAGAUUUUAAGGAGCCAGAGGGGAAAGUAAAGGAAACUUGCGCUCCAGCACCCGAAAGCUACAGCUAUGUGGUGAAGGUCGACAGUCGAGAUGGCACUUCACACGAGAAGACUGUUAACUACGUCAUGAUCUCGCGUAAUAAGCGCAUGCUCGCACGAGCUACGUUGAGGGUCUUCCUGCAGAACACGUGCAAAGUGCGCAAUCAAGAGGGCGAGCGUUACUAUGUCAAGGAGAAAUACCGUGAGCAGCAUCACUUGUCUGACGUGAAAUGGGAGCAAGUUUUUGGCGGCCCGUUGCCGAUCUUCCCGAAAACGCCGAUGAGGUUCCGUGGCCGAGGAAGGAGCAAGGGUGGUGAGGAAAAGAUGGAAGGAGACGACGAUGAGGUGGCUAGUGAUACUGAGAAGAAGCCGGCCAAGGAAAAGCACAAGCAUCGGAAGUCGAAAGACAAGGAGCACAAAUCCCCACGUGAAAGCCGCAGCCCCAAGAAGCCGUUGACUGAAAAGAAGAAGGCGCAGAUCGCCGCCCAGCAAGAUGAGCUUCGCAUCACGUUUGAAAAAGCAAAGCGGCUUAGCGUGGACCGAUUAGACAAGUGGCAACAGUCGGAGAAGCUGCUGAGCAAAAAGGACCUCGACGCGCUGAAUGAAGCGAUCAAGGCUGCCCGCCGGAAUGAGCGUGAAUCAAAUCAGAAAAAGAAGGCAGCUGCUCAAACUUGGGCCCGAAAGAGGGACGACUUGGAGUGUGAUGAUUUGAAGCCCUUCCCGACUCUCCCAAAACUCCCACUUCCGGAUUGGAUGAGCGAGGAGAUGUUCACGAAGGCCGUCGACGUCUACCAGUUCUUCAACUCGUUCGCCGACAUUCUCCCUAUCAAGGAGAAGAAGAACUCCAGCAAGGUCACCCUGCAGGAUGUGUUCAUCGCCUUGAGAUGCCGCGAUCCGCGCAGUUCCACCUAUUCGAUGCUGAUGGAGAUUUUGUUGAAGGCCCGGCAGGACGUUUGCGAUGAGGAAGAGGGCGAUGAAGUCGAUUUCUCACGGCGCGACGAGAUUCCGGUUGAGGUCAACCCUGAUCACGAGCAUCCCGAAUUUGGCGAUGAUCUGAGGGCCGUCACCAAAUAUCAUGAAGAAAUCCGAUAUACUCUUGGUUCUUCCGUACGGAAUCUGUAUACCGACUGGCUGUCGCUGACCGAGGUGCUCCGUCUGCUCCUAUUGACGAGCGGAUAUGUGACUAGAUCUGGAAAGCAUCGACAUCGGCUAUUCCAACGUGGCUCCAUCCAUUUCUACGAUGAUCCCGGCUUCAUCUACCGCAAGGAAAACCCUGAACUCCUCGAAAAGCUUGAAACGGGCACCGUCUUCGACCUUGAACCUGAAGAGCGUCUCGAUUUGAUGCAUCUGAUUAUGCGUCAACUCCUGACGUACGCCAAGUUUAGGAAUCUCGCCAGCGAGAAAUGCGAGGACGUCGUUGCCCAAAGGCGCGAGUACAAGAAGAUGCGAUGCUGGGACGCGACGCAGGAGAAUGAGGCCAAAGAUGCCCGGCUAAUACGGGAGAUGCACGCCGAGGGGCAGGACGUCAAGAUUCCGAAUCCAUCCAAGGAGACGCUCAAGCUGAAGCCGAUGCUCCGUGCGGCGCAGGAUGGGAGACGACACGACAAGGCCGAGCUUGAUAAGAUCAUGAUGAAAGGCCCCGCCUGGGACGAACUCGAGCUGCCCGACAUCUGCUUCGCCAGGGAAUAUCAGAAAUCGCUCGUUCAAGAAGAAAUGGAAGACAUGCGCGCCGAAAUUUUCGCCCUAUCAAACCAAUUCGGCUCGUGCUCCCUGGGUCGUGAUCGCGCUUUCCGGAAUUACUUGAUCUCGGACCAGAUCCCGAUCUUCAUGGUCGAAACCCCAAGUUUGAAGGAGCCGAUCGGGACCUGCCACGAGCCGACGCCCUGCAAAUCUAAGGGUGAGUACGAGAGCAGUGAAGAAUGGCGCAUUGCGGUGAAGGCUUGUACCGGAAAGGACGAGAACUGCCCCGUGCAUAGCGUCAAAGCUAGGACAACACCCCGCUUCUCCUAUAUUAAAGACGUUGAGCAGCUGGAGGAGGUGAUUGCCGCUUUCAACCCUCGCGGCCAUCGCGAAAUCGACCUGCUUGAUGAGAUCAACUAUAUGAGGCCGUUGAUUUUCGAGCUGGUGGAAAAGACGAAAAACAAGGAGAAGAAUGGCCAAUUGGCCACAUGCUUCAUGCAAGAAGCCGAAGAUCCGGCACAAAUGGGAAAUGUCAUCAAGUGGCUUGAUGUCGUCAUCGAUAUGGUGCUCGAGCUGGAGGAAAAGAUGACUGAGGGUUUCCUGGGUCGCCUUCCGGCCUACAUCAACCGUGAGGAAUGGCGCCGGCUACUCGAUGACACCGGCGAUGUCACCUCUUUGCUUCAAGAUGACGUCGCGUGUGACCUCAAAGAACGAGAGGUCUUUCAUGCCAAGGAGGACUUUGACAAGCUGACCGAGAUCCAAAAGGUCGGCAUUGCCUUUUUGCAAGUCGUGCAAGCCAUCAAUGCGAAAUUCAUCAAGAAGCCGUUCACCAGGAUUGUCGCCGGUGGCGUGAUCGAGCCCACCUGGGCCCUGAUCCAUUGGAUGCGAUCGGUGGUCGACUGCAAAUCCGUGCCCGCUCUCGCCCUCCACCUCUUCUCUAUCGAAUCCACGAUUCAAUGGGAGAAGAGCAAGUUGCAGGCCAAAUGCCGCGUCUGUCGUCGCAAGGGUACCCCCGAGACUCUCGUCCUCUGCGAGGACUGCGACAAGUGCUACCAUUUGGACUGCCUGAAGCCGAAAUUGGCCGAGGUGGUCAGCCCUUACACUUGCCGCGAGUGCAAGAAGGAUGAUGAAGACACCACGACAUCAGCAAGCAACAGCAAUGGAAAGGCCACAAAUGGAAAUGUCAACGGCCACGUCAGCGAUGAUGAGAUGAACGGCAAUGACGAGAACGAGUCGAGCGCCACCGGAUCGGCGCUGCGCACGGCUUCCGGCCGCAAGAUCAAGCGCGUCGAGUACAACAUUGACCGGUUGACGUCGUUGGCGCCACCCAGGAAAAAGGUUCGUAUCGAGAGUGACCAAGAAGCCAGCCAGGAGAGCCAGGCGACAAAUGAUUCGGACGAGGAAAAGUAUGAGGGUGGUACGAGUGAGGCUGUCGAUGAGGAUGACAGCUACGACGAUUAUUCAUCUGAUGACGGUCGCCGCCGAAGCGGUCGUCAGCGUAGCAUGCGCAGGAGUACGCAGAAAACGCAGAAAGUAGUGGAAUCCAAUCACUCGAAUCGCUCGUUUGGCCUCGGACUGCGGGAUUCUGAUCCGAAUCUGAAGGAGAAGAUGAAAAAGCUCGAAGAGGUCAUCCGCCAGGCGAUGCGCGAGGAGUUUGCGUGGCCAUUCUUGGACCCGGUGGACCCGAAAGAGGUGCCCGACUACCAUGACGUCAUCAAGAAGCCGAUGGAUCUGCGCACGAUCAUGAACAAGAUCAAGAACCACGACUACAGCACAGCUGAACAGCUCCGAACUGACGCCGAGUUGGUCGUCUCCAACUGUAAGAAGUACAACCUGGAGGACAGUGAGAUCUUUGAGUGCGCCACGCAGCUCGAAGAACACUGGCAGUCCCAUAUGAAUCCAAUCUUCCACGAGACGUCCCGGCGACGCCCAACUCGCCGGUCUUUGCUC